AUGUACACUGGAAAGGGUCGCAGUCCGAAGGACGGGACGUUACGCCCCGCCUUCCUAAGAUUCAGUUCUCUUUCCCCCAGGUCUAAGACGCCGGGUAACUUCCAGCACAUCCCCAAGUGGUCGGACUUACACCCGACCAUUCCUCAGCUGUACGUGCCCGAGUGGAAAACCGACAUGAAGAACAGAGAAGUCAUUCUGAGGGAGUGCAAGCAGGCAGGGCUAUACUACGGGCCGCAUGACGAGAGCCUGUUCCUGUGCAAGCGGGAGCGGCUGAACCACGGGGAGGACCGGCGGCGCGUGGAGACCAACUACGCGCACAAGCCCGACCGCAAGACCCUGCUCAACCCGCCGCGCUGGUCGCACCUCUACCGGCACCGCAGCACACUCAUGAUGCACAGCGACCCUGGGGAAUAGGGAGGCUCACUUCUCGUUAUGGGUCGCUGUAAUACGGUUGUGAUACGCAGCGACCCCGGGGAAUAUGGGUGGGGCUUACCUCUCCGCUAGGCGGUCCCCGCAUCACGGUCAUGCGUGGUGCAAAGCGGCCCUGCCUCGGGGGACUAGGGGUGCAUGAAGUAGCGUUUCGGACGGUUGGAAGUUCCAAAAUUUCGCUCAACUCAGGCCUUGAAAAUGAGAGGGACAGACAAAGAUUUAAAGCUGCAGACAGCCCUGGUCCUUUUGCUUGAGGACAAAAAGGCUGGUGCUAACUUAGGCCACAGCAAGUAAUUUUUAUGGAUGGCAUCACCACGCGCAUUAAUUUUCGCCUGAUUUGGAAAAAUUGUUGCCCCCUGA